UUUUACUUUAUUUACUGCACUUUACAAUCAGUCAUAAAAAUACCUACUUGUAUUUUAUUGAAUAUGUUCAUUAUAAACGUGUAAAAUGGAUUUCUUUGAUUAACUAUUGUGUCGUGUGUGUUAAUAAACAUAAUACUUAACGUAGUGACAAUGAUACAAUACCAUACAUUUUAAUCAUUUUGACGACUCAACAAUAUUUCUUGUCUAUUUUCUUUUUUUCAGUGUGUUAUCGCAAACGAUAAUGGACUACCUAUUUGUUGUUUUUGUGGAAAGCAUAUUGCAAAUGAUAAGUUGUUAAAGGGUAAUUUUGUAAUAUGGUCUAAUUUAUUAUAUUCAACAUGACUGACGUUGCAUCUACACUUACUGCCCCUAUUUCUUUAUCAACAUAUCAUCAACUCAGCUUAACAGUUGAAUCUGCAAAUAUAAAAAAUUCUGGAUUAUUCAAGCCAAAUCCAUACUUACAAGUAAUAAUAGAUGACAAGAAUCCGAAAAAAACGGAGGUUAUAAAAAAUACAUCUCAUCCUAAAUGGAAAGAAGAUUUCACUUUACUUGUGACACCAUUGUCACAAAUUUUGUUUCGACUAGCAGACCACCACAGUUUUAGAAAAGAUAAUAUAAUUGGGGAAAAAAAGAUAAGCCUAACAAAAAUACUACUAAACUUCAAUGGGAAGUGUGAAAAUGUGGAACUUACAAUUGAUUUAAUGAAAAAUGUAUCUCAAGAAAAUACAUCAAAUACAAAUAGUGAAACAAAAGCAGCUGAUUUAGUUGUACUUCUUGACGGAUUGAGAAUAGAUCCAGCUAUUUUGAAUCAGUCACAGGAAGCUAUUAGUGAAACAUCUAGUUAUCGCAAUUUAAUUAGUGAUGGAGUGCGUGCUAAGAUACGAUCUCGCAGUAAUCAAGAUGCAGCAAGAUCUGUGAUGCGCAUGCAGUCUCUCAGACCGCCACCAGGUCCACCGCCUUUGAGCAAUGGCGCAGUGCACGGUGGCGAAGUUCAGAUCUCAGACGCCAUGGCAGCUUUGACGCCAAUAGAAAGCGGCCCCGGUUCCUCUCACCAGGAACAACCGCAAGCGACGCCUGAACCAGGACUGCACCUCCCACCUGCCUCUAGCAGUGCAGCAGAGGAACCUUUACCACAUGGGUGGGAGAUGCGAUAUGAUGUCUAUGGACGAAGAUACUACGUGGACCACAACACGAGGUCGACGUCGUGGGAGCGACCGCAGCCGUUGCCGCCGGGCUGGGAGGUGCGGCGCGACGGGCGCGGGCGCGUGUACUACGUGGACCACAACACGCGCACCACCACGUGGCAGCGGCCUGACACUGAGCGCCUGGCUCGCUUCCAGCACUGGCGCGGCGAGCGGCGCCACGUGGUCGCGCAGGGCAACCAGCGGUUCCUCUAUCCGCCGCCGCACCAGCGCUACCAGCCGGAGGCCGAACAUGACAUUCCAGGCGGGAGUACGUCAGCGGGCACGACAGGCUCGGGGGCCGCGGGCGGCGCGGGGGGCGCGGGCGGCGCGGGCGGUGCGGGCGCGCCGCCGGCGGCGGGCGGCGCGGGGCCGGGGGCGGCGCCGGGGCCGGGGGCGGCGGCCGCCUUCGCGGAGGACACGCUGGGCGCGCUGCCAGCCGGCUGGGAGCGGCGCGUACACGACGGACGUGUCUAUUUUCUCAAUCACAAGAAUCGCACCACGCAGUGGGAGGAUCCUAGGACGCAGGGCCAGGAGGUGGGCGCGCCGGAGGAGUCGCUGCCGCUGCCGGCCGGCUGGGAAGUGCGGUUCACCGAGGAAGGCACGCGCUACUUCGUGGACCACAACACGCGCACCACCACCUUCCAGGACCCGCGGCCGGGUGCACCCAAAGGACAGCACGGCGCUUACGGAGUACCGCGCGCGUACGAGCGAUCCUUCCGAUGGAAGCUCAGCCAAUUCCGGUACCUCUGUCAAAGUAACGCGCUGCCCAAUCACAUUAAGAUUACUCUAUCACGCCAGACACUGUUCGAUGACUCUUAUCAACAAAUAAUGAAGUUACCUCCAUAUGAAUUGCGUAAAAGGUUAUACAUAAUAUUCAGAGGAGAGGAUGGUCUAGACUAUGGUGGCGUCAGCCGAGAAUGGUUCUUCUUAUUAUCGCAUGAAGUGUUAAACCCAAUGUACUGUCUCUUCGAGUAUGCUAACAAGAACAACUAUAGUUUACAAAUUAAUCCAGCAAGCUAUGUCAAUCCCGAUCACUUGUUGUAUUUCAAAUUUAUUGGCCGAUUUAUAGCGAUGGCGCUCUAUCAUGGAAGAUUCAUUUACUCGGGUUUCACGAUGCCAUUCUAUAAGAGAAUGUUAAACAAAAAGCUUACUAUGAAGGAUAUUGAGUCGAUUGACCCCGAAUUUUAUAAUUCACUUGUAUGGAUAAAAGAAAAUAAUAUAGAUGAAUGUGGACUUGAAAUGUGGUACAGUGUGGAUUUCGAAGUGUUAGGCCAAGUUAUUCAUCAUGAAUUAAAACCGGGUGGUGACAAGGAACGCGUUACAGAGGCCAAUAAAGAACAAUAUUUACAAUUAGUAACGCAGUGGCGCAUGACCAGAGGAAUAGAAGAACAAACAGCUGCAUUUUUAGAAGGAUUUAACGAGGUAAUAACACUGGAGUGGCUCAAAUACUUCGAUGAGCGCGAAUUAGAGUUGAUGCUAUGUGGUAUGCAAGAGGUAGAUGUAGAUGACUGGCAGCGGAACACUAUAUACCGGCACUACACACGUACCAGCAAGCAAGUUGUCUGGUUCUGGCAGUUUGUUCGUCAAGUAGACAAUGAAAAAAGAGCGAGAUUGCUUCAGUUUGUGACAGGGACAUGCCGAGUGCCAGUAGGAGGCUUUGCAGAGCUCAUGGGCUCAAAUGGACCACAGCGUUUUUGUAUUGAAAAGGUUGGCAAAGAUACCUGGCUGCCUCGAUCACACACCUGUUUCAACAGGCUCGAUUUACCGCCUUAUAAAAGUUAUGAACAGUUAUGCGAAAAAUUAAAUUAUGCUAUUGAAGAAACUGAAGGAUUUGGACAAGAGUGAAUAUAAUACUUUUUUAGAAUUAGACAAAUAAUGUAAAUUAUUAGCACAUUAAUAUAAUUGCACCACCUCAAGGAGAGGCAUUAUUUACCAAUGGGAUUGGUGCUGUCAUUAAAGACCAACCAAAUAUUUGUACCAAUAUUUUAUCACAUGCUGCAGUACUCGCUCAGCGAGAACAUACCAAAUACAACUGAGCUCAUCACUCAAUUUGUUUUUUCACUAUUGCACUAUGAUGUAUUGUUUCACUAGUAAAACAUAUGGAAUGACUAGUCUAUAUAAGUACAGAGAAAAUGUUUCCAUACUUUUCUUAAUUCCAUUUAGUUUACUAGUAGACAAAAUAAUGAAUUUAGUGUAUUCAUUCAGUAUGUGGUAUUGCAACUUUCAUAUUAGCCACAUACUGUUAUUAGAGAGUAGCAGUAAAUUGGCACGGGCUUUUGUUUAAAUCGCGCCUACAGAAGAAGUGUUAUACAAUAAUUAUAAUUAUGUAGAUAUAUUUAGAAUACUAUUCAAUUAUAUAAGAAAUAUUUUUUUUAAAUAAGGUGGAUACUCCAGGUACUAGCAAUGAAUAAAUUUAUUUACCAUGGGUUUGUUACCAAUGAUGGACUAUAUAUUUGGAAAGGACUUUUAUAUAUGUGAUACAUGAAAUUGAUUAUGAUGUCAUCUAUCGGAAUCUAUUUAUACCAAGGAAUAAUUAUGGCAUGUUAAUGCCUAUUUUUCUACAAUGAUACUAUUGAAACUUAUCUAGAACAAAUAGUGACAAGGUUCUACUGCGAAUAAAAAUUAGCUCCCUUUAACACUGAUUUUAAAAGUUGACCCAAUAUAAAAGAAAUGUGUAUAUGUAUAUGACUUACAUGGGCACUUAUUUGACUGUUUUAAUCUAAAUAUGAGACAUUGUUUUCUUGCAAUUUCUGUGAAAAUUAAUUAUAAUAAAAUUAUUUACUUUUAUUAUAUACGUUGUUGGUAAGUGAUACUGUAUCGUAUGUAUAAAUCGCCACAUAUGUACCUGUUCAUUUGAGUUAUUUAACUUCAUGUGUGUAUAUAUAUAUACGGCAAUGCAAGUCUAUAUAACUUGCUUUUCCAUAAGUAGAGGUUUUUGGUGUAAUCAGUUUUUAA